GAUCCAUUGUUCCACGGCCCCAGCAGCCGGUUCCUGCUCCAGCCGCUGGCGGGCGAGAGCGCACUCGGGGGCAGCUCCGGGACCGUGAUCGUCUGCCCGGGGGGGAACUACGAGUUCCGCGUCCCGCAGGAGGGGCUUCCCGCGGCGGACGUGCUGGUCAGCCAGGGCAUACGAGCCUACGUCCUCUGCUACCGGCUCCUUCCAGAGUGCGACUUCGAGGGCAUGAUGGACGACCUGGAGGAC